AUGAAUCAUUCAAAAGAAAAAUAGUAUUUUGUACGAAAGAUUGACAUUCAGGUUAUUCAUUUGCGAAACUUCGUUUGACUUAAAUUGCUAUAAUGUUGUUUCGUCCUGGAUAUAUUUCAUUUUUUGUUUGUAUGUUUAUAUGCCACACACAAGUUUUAGGGUCAUGUCCAAAACACUGUGCAGUAUGCUCAAACGGCGAUUCGAAAACGUGUAACGAAUGCAACCCAGGCCAUUGGUUAACAGAGGACAACGAUUGUUUUCAUUGUCCUGAUAAUUGUGAACAAUGUACAAACGUUUCACAUUGUACAAAAUGUAAGUCAGAAUUCUGGGAUAUACGGCCAUACAUGGCAUGCGGCUCCACCUGUAGCAAAACCUGUACUGCCAGCGGAUGCAAUGAUACAACAGGGCACUGCUUUGGAUGUCAUCCAGGCUUUUAUGGAGUUACCUGCGCCCGUAGUUGUAACCUAUGUAUUAACAAAUUAUGUAAUCGUCAGAAAUGUGCAGUUGGAUGUAUUAACGGAUAUUAUGAGAGAACAGAUUACGACUUUGAAUGCAAAGAAUGUAAAAACCACUGCUCGUCAUGUGUAAGUUCGUCAAAUUGUACGCAGUGUGAAAGGGGCUACUAUCUUUUUCGCUAUGAAAACUCUGAUAAUAUUUUUUGUUCACCAUGCAAUUCUAUUUGUGAAGAAUGUAUAAGCUACGAUGAAUGUGUAUGUAACUCGGGAAAAUACGGACCUUCUUGCAGUAAAGACUGCAAUAUUCCUCACUGCAAUAUUUGUACUGAGAUUGAAUGUUUAGAAUGCUUUAGUGGAUACAUACUUCUGAACGGAAAAUGCAUUGAGUGCUCACCGUAUUGUUCAAGUUUUUGUGAUAGCAAUCAGAACUGUUUAGGUAUCUGCAAAGAUGGUUGGACAGGUCAAAAGUGCACAGAACCGUGUAUAAGCAAAUGCAAAAAAUGUGACCGGAAUGAUGGAAGGAGGUGUGAAAUAUGUGAUGGAGAUUUCUAUACAACAACAUGUAAUGUCUCUUGUAGUUCACACUGCUAUACUGUGUCAGAAUCAGUGAAAUGUGGUAUAAGUAAUGGCACUUGUUUAAACGGUUGUGAUAACGGUUACUGGGGAUACAAGUGUGAUAGACCAUGUCACGAAGGUUGUGCGUCUGAAACAUGUAAGCAGUCAAAUGGGUUAUGUGACAUUUGUAAUCGUACGUAUUACGGGCAUGCUUGUCAGAAUUAUUGUAGUGAACAUUGUCUUGACAAUGAUGCUUCAUCAAACAUUUGUUAUAAAACAAACGGGACAUGUGUGCAUGGAUGUAAAUAUGGAUAUGGAGGCUCUACAUGUGAAGAUGAGCUGACAUUCAGUACGAUCAGCAAGCUGGCAUCAUCCUCCAAAGAGUCAACUGUCCCGGUAACAACAAAAGUUGAAAUAACAGAAAACACUGAGGAAGUUGUGGACAACAAGCAACAACGUGAUAUAAUAGCGAUUAGUGCUGGAGCAGGCGGAGGACUUAUUCUUGUGGUUGUUUUAGUGGUUAUAGUAGUGUGCUUAGUUAAAAGACAACGAAGGAAAGCCAGUGAUUCACAUGAUGAUAAUGACGGCCAGACAAACAGACAAAAACCCUUGACCGAUUCAGAUAAUGUUUAUGCACAGCCAAACAAGCCAAGAAAGAAACAAUGUGAAGAUUACAUUUACGCUCAGCCAAACAAACGAAAGAGGAGCAUACACCGUAAGAAGGAAGAAAUCAGUGUACCACAAAAGGCGUAUGACAAUGUCGUAAUUGAUCUUGAUACCGAAGGAGAUAGAAAUGAAGACAGAGAUGAUCACCUUGUUUCAUAUGCAGCAGAUUCAAAGGAAACUGAUGUAGAUGCAAUUUUGCUGGAAAAUAUUGACGAUGAGCCUAAAAGCAUCAUAGUAACAGAAGUGAACAUUCCUGAUUCGGAUACAUAUUACAAUGUGGCUGGUUUAAUGAGGAGUCGAGUACUAAUCUCAAAACUAUUUGAGUACAUGAAGAACAAAACGGAUUUUGAAAAUGAAUUUGAGAAGUUGCCAAACGGUUUGACAAGAACUUGCAAUGAAGCACUGAAACCUCAUAACCUGGUCAAAAAUAGAUACAGCGGCAUAUAUGCAUAUGAUGCUACACGUGUUAUUCUACGCAGUAAGGAUUUUAUCAAUGCGAAUUAUGUUGACGGUCAAGGUCAGUCACACAUCUCUUACAUUGCAUCUCUUGGUCCUACUUCAACAACUAUGAACAAUUUUGAAGCAUUUUGGGAGAUGGUUUGGCAAGAGAAUUCAAAUAAAAUUGUUAUGUUGACGAAUUUGGAGGAGUCUAAGAAAAUGAAGUGCGAAAAAUACUGGCCAAACAGAAGAAGUCGCAAUAUCUAUGGAAAUAUUACAGUGACUUCCAUUGCUGAGAAGGUGUUUUCAGACUUUGUCGUUAGAGAGUUUACCGUAGAUCAGAAUUCCGAAACACGAAAAGUAACACAAUAUCAUUACACAGCGUGGCCAGACAAAUCUGUUCCACAUACUGUCGCAUCAUUGAUAGAAUUCAGAGACAAAGUAGUACAUUGCAGUGCUGGUAUUGGACGUACAGGGACAUACAUUGCUCUUGACAUUUUGAUUAGAGAAGGCAAGGAAGAAGACUUUGUUGAUAUCUUUGGAUGUGUGAUAGCUCUACGUGGACAAAGAGUAAACCUGGUGCAGAAUGUAGAACAAUACAUUUUUAUCCACCAUUGUGUUCUGUAUGCUCUGACAUGUGAGACUGACAUAUUUCCUGCCACUGCGAUUCCACAUGCCUUUACAGAUGAGAAAAUAGCGACACAACAUCAGUCGUUUCAGAAUAUCCAGACACUAACAAACAAAAAUAAAUUGCUAAGAAUGCAAGUCAAGAGCAGAAAAGAAAACAGAAAAGGGGCUGAUAUCCCUGACGACGAACAUCGAGUUCGGCUGACAUUGACCAAACAUGACUACAUAAAUGCUGUCUACGUUAAUGGAUAUGAAAAAAUAGACAAGUUUAUCCUCGCACAGACACCUUUGCCUAACACAGUCGAAGAUUUCGUGUCAAUGUUAUACCAAGAAAGGUGUUCCAGUAUUGUCUGUCUGGACGAGGAAAAUAUAAAGGAUAAAACAAUUGUCCAGUAUAUUCCUCCGGCCAACAAAGUGUCAACAUUUGGCCAUUUUCAAGUGUCAUGCACAAGAAGUGAUCCAAGGGAAGAUUUCACUAUUCGAGAGUUGAAAAUCUCGCAAAUUGGUUCGCCGCCUGCAAAAGAUUUUAAGGUACGACACUACCAAUUUAAAGGUUGGAAAAGCUCAGACAUUGUUCCAAAGAAAAUAUCUUCAUUCUUGAAUACAGUCAUAGAUGUUGAAAAAGCAAGAAAAGGUUCACACUCACAACAACCUAUUGUAGUGCAUUGCUUGACUGGGUCUGUGAGAAGUGGACUUUUCUGUGUAGUGUCUGUGCUGCUAGAAAAGAUGGCUAUUGAGAACGAACUGAGUGUGCUCAACACAAUAUGUCAGGUUCGCUCAAGAAGGAGGUCUGCUAUUCCGGCAAUUGAACAGCUACAGUUCUGCUACAACUGUAUUGAAGAAAUGUUGGAGAUGCCAGACACAAACAUGUACUGCAAUAUCAGCAAUAUCUAA